ACGUAAGCGCUGUGCGCCAAUCGAGACGGAAAGAGCUGCCAGUUUGGACCAAUCGGAGGCCUGGAGGUGGAGCUGUCCCGCCCUAAACCUCAGGGGCCAAUCGGAAGCGCAGGCGGCGUGUUUGAAAGCGAGGCCGGAGCGAGUGGGAGCGCGUGCUUCUGGGAGUUGCCUGGAGGUUGGCGUCGCGGGGCUGGAGUUCCUCAAGGCGGAGCGAUCAUGUCACACAAACAAAUUUACUACUCGGACAAAUACGACGACGAGGAAUUCGAGUACCGGCAUGUCAUGUUGCCCAAGGAUAUAGCCAAGCUGGUCCCUAAAACCCAUUUGAUGUCUGAGUCGGAGUGGCGGAAUCUUGGCGUUCAGCAGAGUCAGGGAUGGGUCCAUUAUAUGAUCCAUGAACCAGAACCACACAUCUUGCUGUUCCGGAGGCCACUCCCCAAGAAGCCAAAGAAAUGAAGCUGGCGAGCCACUCUGCAGCCUGGCGCUUCCGCAGCUGUCCUCAUUUGCUAGCGUCUUUCCAAUGACAUUAUUGUGUUGCCUUGUUUCUCACUUUGAUAUUUAAAGGAUGUUCGCUCGAUACACUGUUUGAAUGUGCUGGUGGCUGCUUUGCUUCUUGAGCAGAGCCAGCAGCACCACAGCCCAGCCAGAUGAUGCUCCUGGGCUGAGACUCUGCUGAGUGUGACCCCAAGAGCCACUGCAAGCACCGUCUCUGGCUGAGCACACUCCAUAGCGUGUGUAGGACGCACCUGCUUCUCAGACCAUGCUGUUACAGGGAUUGUCAACUUGCUAUUUAGAAGGGUUUUUUUGGUUUUUUUUUUUCCUUUUCUUGCCCAGUGUUGUAUGUAUGGUGAUUUGUGUUUCAAUGUAUUGGAAAAUUUCCUUUUUUUUUCCCCCAAGAACUCUCUUUCCAUUUUGCAGCCUUGAUUAAAGAGGAAGUUUUUAUAA